GACCCCGUGGAGGAGGCUCUGACAGGGAAUGACGUGCCCUGGGUCACCUCACCUGCAAGGGGCGUCUCAGGAGGCUCCGGGUCUAUUUCCUGCUUCACCAUGAAAAUGAGAGCCAGGCUGCUAGAGAGAGGCUGUGCCUUUGCCUGCAGGCUGCUGACAUAAGAGCCCAGUGAGAGACAAGACCGGCCUCCAGAGACCACCACCCGUGCAUCUGUCUGUCUAUCCCGCUGGCCCCGUGGUCUUCAUCUACUCAGCUGAGGCCACUGGGUGAAGACGCCAUGACUCCCACCCUCAGGGCCCUGCUCUGCCUCGGGCUGAGUGUGGGCCUCAGGACGCCAGUGCAGGCAGGGACCCUCCCCAAACCCACCAUCAGGGCUGAGCCAGGGUCUGUGAUCCUCUUGGGGAGCCCCGUGAUCAUCUGGUGUCAGGGGACCCCAGGGGCUGAGGAGUACCAUCUGUAUAAAGAGGGAAGCCCAGCACCGUGGAAAAAAGAGAAGCCACUGAAGUCUGGGGACAAGGUGAUGUUCUCCAUCCCAGAAAUGACAGAGCGUGAUGCUGGGAUAUAUCGCUGUUACUAUCUCAGCCCUGAUGGCUGGUCAGAGCGCAGUGACCCCUUGGAGCUGGUGGUGAUGUCAGGAUCCUACAGCAAACCCAGCCUAAGCCUGCCCAGCCCUGUGGUGACCUCAGGAGGGAACGUGACCCUCCAGUGUGGCUCAUGGCCGCCAUUUGGCAAGUUCAUUCUGACUAAGGAAGGAGAUGACAGGCUCUCCUGGACCCUGAACUCACCACACUCCAGUGGGCAUUCCAAAGCCCUGUUCUCUGUGGGCCCUGUGACCACCAGCGACAGGUGGACAUUCAAAUGCUAUGGCUGUUCCAGAUACAGCCCCCAGGUGUGCUCACCAUUUAGUGACCCCCUGGAGCUCCUGGUCCCAGGUGAGUCUGGGAAGCCCUCCCUCCUGAGCCAGCAGGGCCCCAUCGUGGCCUCUGGACAGAGCCUGACCCUCCAGUGUCUCUCUGAUGUCGGCUAUGACAGAUUCGCUCUGCACAAGGAGGGGGGACGGGACCUCCCCGAGAGCCUUGUCCUGCAGCCCCAGGCUGGGCUCUCUCAGGCCCACUUCCCCCUGGGCACUGUGAGCAGCUCCCACGGGGGCAGGUACAGAUGCUACGGUGGAUACAACCUCUCCUCUGAGUGGUCGGCCCCCAGUGACCCCCUGGACAUCCUGGUGGCAGGACACCUGCCUGACAGACCCUCCCUCGCGGUGCAGCCAGACCCCAGGGUGGCCUCAGGAGAGAACGUGACGCUGCUGUGUCAGUCACAGAGCCCAAGGGGCACUUUCCUUUUGUCCAAGGAGGGGGCAGCGGAUCCCCCCCUGCGUUUGAAAUCAAACCACCGAGCUCAGCAGUACCAGGCGGAGUUCUCCAUGAGUCCUGUGACCUCAGCCCACGGGGGCACCUACAGGUGCUACAGCUCACUGAACUCCUCCUCCUACCUGCUGUCACUCCCCAGUGACUCCCUGGAGCUCCUGGUCUCAGGUGAGUCUGGGAAGCCCUCCCUCCUGAGCCAGCAGGGCCCCAUUGUGGCAUCUGGACAGAACCUGACCCUCCAGUGUCGCUCUGAUGUCGGCUAUGACAGAUUCGCUCUGCACAAGGAGGGGGGACGGGACCUCCCCCAGAGCCUUGUCCUGCAGUCCCAGGCUGGGCUCUCUCAGACCCACUUCCCCCUGGACACUGUGAGCAGCUCCCACGGGGGCAGGUACAGAUGCUAUGGUGGAUACAACCUCUCCUCUGAGUGGUCGGCCCCCAGUGACCCCCUGGACAUCCUGGUGGCAGGAUGGCUGCCUGACAGACCCUCCCUCUCGGUGCAGCCAGGCCCCAGGGUGGCCUCAGGGGAGAACGUGACCCUGAGGUGUCAGUCACAGAGCCCGAGGGACACGUUCCUUCUGUCCAAGGAGGGGACAGCCAAUCCUCCCUGGCAUCUGAGAUCAGAGCAUCCAGCUCAGCAGUUCCAGGCAGAGUUCUCCAUGAGUCCUGUGACCUCAGCCCACGGGGGCAGCUACAGGUGCUACAGCUCACGCAGCUCCAUCCCCUUCCUGCUGUCACUCCCCAGUGAGCCCCUGGAGCUCCUCGUCUCAGGAGACGUCCCCAAACCCUCCAUCUGGGCUGACCCAGGCCCCAUCGUCACCAAGGGGAGCUCUGUGACCAUCUGGUGUGAGGGGUCUCUGCAAGCUAGUGCCUACGUUCUGUAUAAAGAGAGGGGCUCUGAGCCCUUGGAAACCAGGAUCCCACAGGACUCCAGCAACAAGGCCGGUUUCCUCAUUGAAGCCACAACCCCAUCCCAUGCAGGGCAGUACCAGUGUGCAUAUUACACCACUGGGGACAUACUCUCAGAGCGCAGUGACCCCCUGCUCCUGGUGGUGACAGGAGAGUAUGGUGCACCCUCCCUCUCAGCCCAGCCAAGCCCUGUGGUGGCCUCGGGAAAGACCGUGUCCCUCUCCUGUACCUCUAACCUCACAUGGGGCCCUUUCCAUCUGCUGAAGGAGGGAGGGGCUGACCCGCCCCAACGCAUGGAAGCAGAACCAAGGAUGCAUGCUGAGAAGUGGCAGGCCAUCUUCCCUCUGGGCCCCGUGAGCCCCUCCCAUGGGGGGACCUACAGAUGCUACGGUUCUUCCAGCUCCUACCCCAACGUGUGGUCACAGCCCAGUGACCCUCUGCACAUCGAGGUCACAGACUACACAGUGGAGAAUCUCAUCCGGAUGGGCGUGGCUGGCUUGGUCCUGGUGGUCCUCGGGGUGUUGCUAUUUCUGGCUCGAAACGACACCAGAAGGACCCUCCAUGCAGCCAGGAUGUGAACACAGAGGGAACAAUGCACCGUUCUGAGUGGGGGAGCCUUGGAGCCCAUCUGAUGACCCCAAGAGGUGCUGAAAGAGAAUAUGGACCAUAAUUGGGCAAACUGUCUUCU